AGUAAUUCGAUUUUAUCUUUCUCCCAAAAGAAAAGAAAACCCUAGUUCUCCUUCGGCAUUCUCCUUCCAACUCCUAUUCUCUGAAUUUAGUUUUCCUCAACUCCAAUCAGCCAGCCUCCUCUAAGACAUCCUGAAAAUCCUGACCCCAGAGAGAUGUUCAUUGUCCGAUAUUGGUUUUACAGAUCGCAUGAUACCGAACCAAAGAGCAGAUCAAUUAAUCCAUUUCUCCGUCAGAUCUAACCAAGAGGUUAGAUCUAACUGAUGUGGUCUGCAUGCUAAGGACAGAUCUGAAGCAGUUUCACGACAUUUGUGAAAAUUAAUCUCUGUUUCAAGACUUUCAGAUCUUCAUUGAUAUCUGGUUGUCCGAGUAUUGGGGCAAUAGUAGACACAGCUUUUCAUCACCAUACCCCUUCAGCUUGAUGAUGUUUUGAUGGCAGAAUAGUUCCAAGUACUUCUUCUCGGCCUGCCAUAUAAUUUCUUUUUAGAAACAAGUAUUUGCAUGUUAGCUUCACCAAUUGUGCUAAGGAAUUUAUAGCUUUGAGUGGGGAUAAAAUUUGAUUUACGUUGUACUGUGCCUGUGCCUGGUUAGUUGAUGAAUACUUCUUCACUACCUUUCCCUUAUGUUUUCCAUGAGCUGCAUACACUUCUGCAAAGCCUCCUUGACCAAUUUUGUUUUUCCAUUUUCUUGUAAUGCUUCUCCAAAAAUUCUCCUUAUAUUUCUUUGCUGGUUUCUCUGUUAUGGUACAACAUUGGAAAUAGAUAGAGUAGUGCAAAAGCUAAAGAAAUGACUAUAUAAUUAUAAACACUAAGUAAAUGGGCUACUCCCAAGUCGAAAGUAAUGCAUAAAUUGAAGAAUUUAGCUGUUUUUUUACCGAUCACAGGUGCUUUUCCUUUGGCACUUCGUUGAUUCAUUGUGGGCAGCUUAGCUGAUUCCUUUUCCGGCAACUCUCCCUCCUCUGCCGAUGAAAAGAAGUAGAAACCCCUUUGCAGGUCUAGGGUAAAUUUGAUUUUAUGGAGUUUCCAUUAGUACCCUUUGUUCCAACAAAUUUAAAUGUAGUAAAAACUUGAUAUUUUUUCAUCAUUUUUAAAAUUAUUUUGAAGCAAAUGUAUUUAGGUAGAAAUGGAUAUCAUUUCUAAAUUUGUGCCUUUUAAAACUAUGAGUGUGUUUGGUUUUGGUUAGUUUUAUUGAAGCUAUACGUUAUAUUUGUUAAGUAGCUACUACUGGAAAUAUCAACAUAUAAUUUCAAGGGUUGAAAUUAAUUAGGAAAAGUGUU